GGUUUAUUAUUAUUAUUUUUUAAAAAAUAUUUAUGAACGUGAUUUGUGUAAGGAUUGGUGAAGUGUCAUUGAUUUUUAAUUAAUUAAUUUUAUUUAUUUAAUUAAUUAAUUAAUUAAUUAAUUGAAUUUUGUCAUUUUGUUUGGAACGAAAAUUCUACCUGGAUGGUGAUUAUAACUUUUAUGGAAAAACGAUCAUGGAUUUAAGGACGCCGUGAGAGCCGCGAUGUCAGCAGUAACGAGUCCUUAUGGCCCCACGGAGAUGCUCUCCGACUCGGUGUACAAUUUCGCGACGUCCCGUCGGGGCACUUCGAGCGCAGACCAGGACAGCGGGGAUUCCCAGUACGACCCUCUGAGACCAGCUAAUGUCCAGCAGCCCAGAAACAAACGGAAGAACUUCAAGCCGAUCAGCAGCCGCAUGGCUGAAGUCUCUGAUGAUGAGUCUGAGCAAGAAGUAGAUCAGGAAGAUAGAGAUGAUCAGUCGAGGCUCGAUGACAAUAAUGAAGAAAAUUGCAAUGAUAUCGAGUUCGAAAGGAAGACCCUCAGGUCUCUUAGUACCGAGGAGUUGCAACGGCCUGCUAAAAGGCUGAACAAUAACGAAGCUAGUCCGAUGGAUCUUUCGGUCGCUACCCGGCCGCCAUCUUCCGAUGAUGAUGAAUCCAGUGAUUCUAUCAGGCACAAGUGUCUUUUGGAGCACCUCAAUUCACAGAAGCUUUAUUCGCCCUCUGGAGAGGCAAGGAGUCCCAUGUCCGAGUCAGACAAAAGCGACCUGAUGGAAUCAAGUCGCCUGGACGAAGACACCGCCUUCGAGGAGGACCAAAAUGAUAACGAAGGGGUGCUUUUGGAAGUAGAAACCGAAAGGAAGCCCAUAGAAGGGAUGAGGGAGUAUGCAGAGUCAACUAUGCAAGAGCUACUUGCGAUGUAUGGACUCGCGGGUGGCGAACUUGCUAAGACCGUCACCAGGCAACUUCCACCCACCUUUCUCAACCCUCAUACACAACAGUUACAGUUGCGCAGCAUCAGCCAAAGUCUCUCAGAACGGGCCAGUCCUGUACAAAAUUCAGCCCAAGACCGAGUAAGAGUGAAAGAAGAAAAAGACGCGUCAUCAACAGCGCCAGGCAGCCCGCCAACACCUCCCCACACGCCCCAAAGUCCACCUCGCUCAGUACAUAACCCUUCGGGGAUGCAGUCUUCGCAGCCGAUAACUUCAACUUCUCCGAGUCUUCAGUCCCACCACCAUCAGCAGCAAUUGCAGAACCUCGCUAAUUCUCCAAUAAGUCAAAUCCUGUCCUCCAAUCCUGCUUUGGCGCAGCUGCUUCAGCAAAACCCCGCCAUUUUGUCGCAGAACCCUCAAUUGGCACAGUUGCUGCAGCAGAACCUUCAAGCGCACAUGGGAAAUGUGCUGUUUUCUCCAGGCUGCCGUGAAGAUGAUGAACGAGUACCAAUAGCAAGCUUGGCGGCGAUGAAAGUAGAAACGGACCAGAAAGUAUCCGCCCUGCUGAGUCAGAGUAUGUCUCCAGUGCCUGACAACCUAACCACGGGGUCGAAGUCAUCACUAACAGCACAAUCUCUCCAGCAACAAUCCACCCAACAGAUUGAUUACUCGCGAUACGUUCGACGAUUCUCCUCAGCUUUAGAAUGCGGGUCGUCUUAUUGCAAAGAGCUGGGUUGUCGGGAGCACUUUCACUGUCUAGAUUGCAGCGGGCGUGUGUUUGUCAAAAAAGAGGAGAUGAUUCGCCACUUUAAAUGGCACAAAAAGCGCGACGAAUCCCUCCAACACGGUUUUAUGCGAUAUUCCCCAACAGACGAUUGUUCCGAACGUCACCCAAUGAGAAGCUGUCCUCACAAUAGGAAGCAAACCCAUUACCAUUGCAUCCAUGACAAUUGCGACAAGGUCUACAUCUCGACAUCCGACGUCCAGAUGCAUGCUAACUACCACCGAAAGGAUUCCGCAAUCAUCCAAGAAGGUUUCCAGCGGUUUCGCGCAACGGAGACUUGCGGGACUGAUUAUUGUCCGUUUGUUGGUCAAAGAACCACUCACUUCCACUGCAGGAGGUCCAACUGCAGGUAUACUUUCAAGAACAAAGCCGAUAUGGACAAGCACAAGUCCUACCACAUCAAAGACGAGCAGCUUUCAAGGGACGGCUUUAAAAAAUUCAUGAAAUCUGAAGCUUGUCCUUAUGAGCAGUGCAGGUUUUCUCGAGUUUGCAAUCAUAUCCACUGCAUCAGGCCUCACUGCAGCUACGUGCUUCAUUCUUCUGGUCAGUUGUUCUCCCACAAACGCAAGCACGAGCGACAUGACUCGGAACUGGCUUACAGAAAGUACAAGCAAGUUGGUCCCAGUGGAAGGCCAAUGAACUGGGACGAAUUGGCAGGCUCCAGUGUUUUGAGCAUGAACGGCGAGAGUUCCAACGAAGAGCGAGCUUCUCCUAGCUUCUAUUCCUUGGAAGACUCCUUCCAAAGCGCUAGUGACCUGGCAAUGGAUCUAACAGCGACCAACAUGAGCACGUUAGCCAGUUCUACCUCGAUGGAGCAGCCUAGCUCGCCGGGAGCUUCAACAGGAACUGGUCUAACAGCUUCAGAGCUUUCCUACCUAGCUCCAGCUUCAGCAGAGUGUCCUUGCAAUCACCGGAGUGAUCACUUCCACUGUGCGUUGGACGGAUGCGGUGCUACUCUUAGAGACCCCAGAGAAGUUCGGGAGCAUCUGAGGGAGCAUGAGACCCAGGAGCGGAUUACUGACGCGUACUUCGACGAAGGAACCUGUGAAGACUGCCCUUACGCUGAUAAGGAGAAGCACUAUCACUGCAACUGGGAUAAUUGUAAGGAAGUCAUCCUGGCGACUGACAAACCCUUCAGGAGGUUGCAGCACUACAAGAUCCAUGAGUAUACGAGGCAGCUGAAUUUGAAUAGCUCCACCCAGAUCUUGUCCUCUGAUGUGACUCUGACCCACCUGACUAACAUUGAUGCGAUGUUCAGGAGGAAGCGUGGUAGGCCGCCCAAGAAUCGGGUUAUAGAAAUUUGGUCAGGAGGCGGAGACUCAUCAAGUCACACUCAGGAUUCGCCUCAAGCGAUUUUUACGAGCUUCAAGCUUCCCAAACCAACUCCUGGACCUGGUCCUAGUCCUAGUCCCAUCGCGCUCAGCCUUGGUCCCAGUCCAGUCCAGUCUUCUAUUCAAGAUGACGAAGACAGUGAAGACAGCACCGAACCCGAGGGAUUCGCUACCUAUAAUCCUGACUCCUGUCCUGAUCCAAGUUGUGUGAUCCGUGGAACGAGACACCAUCACUGCUCCCAAGCCAGGUGCUUCUUUGCGACAGAUCGGGCUGAUCAGUUGCUGAUGCACAGCAAGGAUUUCCAUGAUAAUGUUGAUAUUCUUCCCGGAUUCGCUUUUUAUGAUAAAAUGGUUGAUUGUAGACUUCCUAGCUGUCACAGCAAUCGCGUUCAUCGGCAUUAUCAUUGCACCAGGAUGAAUUGUGCGUAUUCAUUUGUGAGGUAUUCCACGAUGGCGCAGCAUGAGAAGCAACACAUGGGCAUUAUCCAGGAACCGAUGGAAGUUCCAGAGUCUCAAGGUCAGAGUCAGAUGCUUGGGCAGAUUUGCCAGAUACCAGAGAAGCCCAGAAUCCAGGUGAAGAAUCCAUCAGAGCUGAUUGAUAAACCAGAGAUCUGUCAGGAUGAUUCAAGGUCCAUUAUUGAUGACAAAGACGACGCUAGUCCUGACACGAACAAAACAACUGUGGUGAGGGCGGCAGGGACCUAUUAUCCGGUAAGCGGACCGCCGAAUGAACCCGCACUUCCGAGCGCCAUGCUAUCCAUGCGAGCUUCCGUGCACCAAGAACCUCCAGUUCCAUCAACCAGUUCUUCACCACACACUCUCUACGGACCAGACCAGAGUUGCAGCCGGCCGUUCUGCAAACUAAAGCGGAAGAACCACUACCACUGCAACGCUUGCAACCAAGCCUUCUCCGAACUGGACCGCCUGGUGGCGCACAUCGCCAAACACUCUACCGGAGCGAUUCUGAGCCAGCAGCAGCACCCCGAGCUUCCGAACCCCCCGAACAUCCCCACGGACUACCUAACCCAGCUAUCCCAGCACAAACCGGAUUUCAUGACCCAGAACGUCCAAAUGCAGAACAUCCAGUACCAAAACAUCCGCCAGAUGCCCCAACAGUCCCCCAUUAAAGAAAUCAAGCUAGAAAGCCCCAGACCCGAACCUACUAAUCCGAUCAAACGCGAACCCACGGAAUCCCGCGAAGAACCCCAACCGGAGAACCCCAAUGAGAACAACGGACACAUCCAGGUUCCUACCAGCAUGGCCCAACCAGUUCCAGGUGGGUUCGAACUAGAUCUAAGCCACGGGUUUCACUUCCCCAGUCCCGCAGUAAUGGCCGCAAUGAACCAGCAGCUAGCUUUGAUGAACCAAGCGCUCCCGCCGUUUUUACAACAUAGCGGGAUGUAUGCCAGUGCGCCUAGCUUGAUGUUUGCUCCAGCUUUACCACCUGGGAACUUCCUCCCGGGAAGGGACGACAAUCCUCUAGCUUCUCUAGCGGCGAAUUUGAACCUGUCUAAAAGGUCCCUCUCUCCAUCAGACGCCAAUUCGAUGGAAGCUAAGAAACAGCGGCUGCAUCACUCCAUGAGGAUGCUGAAGGACGAACCGGUUCCUGAUGGGUAUGUUCGGUUUAGGUUCAAUGAAGACUGCAGGUACCCUCACUGCGGCUACCGCGAACACCAAACCCACUUCCACUGCAUGCGUCAGGAUUGUGGGUACUCUUUUUGCGACAAAACUAGGUUUGUUCAACACACUGCUAGGCACGAACGCUUGGACACCUUGAUGGGUAGUGAGUUCCAGCAGUACAGAGCUAAUGUUCCGUGUGGCAGAGCCAAUUGCGCUUACACUUCUUCUUUAGGUUCCAUGCAGAACAAGGCUUCACACUUCCAUUGCUUGAAGUGUGACUUUGUUUGCACUGAUACUAACAAAGUUGUCGCUCACAGGCGGCAGCACGCUAAGUUAGACAGCAUUGCUGCAGCUGGGUUCCAGAAAUUCACACCCAGUUUGCCUUGUGGCGCUGUUCAGUGUCAACAUUCGGGCAAACAAACCCAUUAUCAUUGUCUUCAGUGUCAAUAUGCGGUUCUAGGACUCGCCCAAAUGUCCGCUCACAAGUAUCGACACAUCGACGGCUAGUUUUUGUUAGUGAAUUAGCGCUCACUACUGCGCCAUCUACUGGAAAGAACAUUUAAUUGUAUUAACGUAGUAUUGAGCGGUUGUUAUUAAGACUGGCUGGUAAAAGACAAGUAUAAAUUGUUGUACGGUGUACAAUUAUAUAAAUAUGAAUAUAUAGAGAGAAUUAUUGAUAUGGAUUUGAAUUUUUUAAGUAUAUCGAUGUAUGUAUUUGUAUAAUUUUUCGUAAGUAGGAAGUGUGAUGCUCAAAAAUUACAGAAUUCUCCUCCUCGGAAUUAAGGAAUUUAUAGGUAUAUUUAAUAUACAUACUAAAAAUUUUAAGAUAUAUAUAUAUGUAGAGGAUUGAUAUAUAGUGCAGAGGGCGCUCUUGUUUCUAAUUUUUGUAUUGUGUACGGGAUCAGCACUUGAGUUUUCUAUGGCAGGUGCCUUUAGGGUCUUACGAAACAAUGUAGUGUGCCUUAGAAUCAGGUCGACAAUUUUAAAUAUGGAGUUUUUAGACAGAGCUUGGAUUUUAUCGGGAAAUUUACUGUAGUGCCUUGGAGAAAAAUUGAGGAGGAUUUUUUAGAAUUUUGUUUGAGAAGAAAAUAUUGUAGUGCGAUUAAGUGGAAAUAGCUUCGCGGACAGAGUUCUUAAUAACUAACUGGAGGAAAUAGGGUUCGAUUCCGGGUCCGAGUUUUUUUUUUUAUUUUUUUAAAAUGAAAAUCUGUGUUUUUUAAUAAAUUUUAUAAU